UAUGGAAGAGAUGAUGACACAAAAAAGAGAAAAAAGUAGUAAAAAAAGCUCAUCAAGAAGAAAAAGAAAAAGUAUGAACAUGAUUCUCAUAUGCCUACAUUUCUCAUAACAUGUAAUCAUUGUUGUUUUCUUCACUUUUUUUUUCCCUCUUUAUUUUUUGGUUUUUAGAUAACAAUAUUUUAAGUAUAUAAAUCACUAGAAGUGAAUUCAAUUUAAAUAAAAUUGGAGUCUUCCCGUACUACUUUGAUCUUAUACUUCCAACUUCAAUGCCAAUCUCUCCUAAAUCCAUGCUCGAAAAGCCCUUUGAUUUUCGUGCCCCGCCUCCAUCUCCAAUUGCCUCCGGCCGUAGAUCUUGUGUCACAAAUGAUGAUGUCCUUACUGAAUUUCUUGAACACUCACUUAGAGUCCCCAAUUUAGUUUUGCCUGAUAGAGCUUUUCCUAAGCAAAAAUUCAUUGAAAACCCUCCAAAGAUUGAUUUUCAAUUAUUGACUUUUUCGCAAACUCAAUUAAUUCAAGAGGUUCUGAAUGCUGUUAACACAAUCGGGUGCUUUCAGCUCGUCAACUAUGGAAUUUCAAGUGAGUUUAUAAAAUCCGUGUUGACAAUAGCUGCUGAAAUCUUUCAAGUGCCUUCAGAAAAGCAAAUUGCAGUAACGAAAUCAUUCGAGAAACCAUAUGGGUAUGGGGAAGGUCACGACGAGGAGGAGAACCAAUUUGCUGAGGAGUUUAUUUGGUGUAGAGAUGAAAAAUUAAAGCUGGACAUGGAGAGAAUUUGGCCAGUUGGGUAUUCAAAUUUCAGUGAGAAAAUGGAUAUACUAAUGUGGAAUAUAGAGAAGAUAGGGGAGAAAAUUAUACAGGUUGUGAAAGAAAAUUGGAGUGUUGGGAGAGAUGAUAAGAUGGAGAAACAAGAAGCUCUUGGUUCAGUUUGUUAUGUGGAGAAGCAUAAGGUUUUGAAUGAAUGUGAAUGGGUGAAAUAUGAUGUGAUAAGAAUGGUGAUAAGAGGAAUUGACUACUACUCACAUGCUUUGGGUUUGCACAUAUGUCAUGGCUCUUCACUCUUUCAUGUUUACUCCAAGAAAGCCUGGUUCUCUUUCUGCCCAGAUCAACAUUCUUUGCUCGUCACUAUUGGAGAUCAAAUUCAGGUAAUGAGUGGUGGGCAGUACAAGCAUGUGAUGGGCAGGCCCAUUUAUAAAGCUGAAAAGGAGGAUUUUAUUUCAAUGGCGUUUCUUUAUUCGCCUCCGUCCAGAAGCCCAAACCAAAAGAAGGAGAAGACUAUUUCAAUCUCCCAACAAGCUAUGCUAUUCAUAAUUUUAACCCUUGCAUACCAUUUUUCACUUUAUCUUUACCACAAUUUCUGAUCUUUAUUACACAUUUAUUUAUUUAUUUAUCACAUUCUUACGUUCCCAGAUUCCUAUUUUAAUUUCCCAUCUUUUUUUUUUUUGUAAUUAAGUU